AUGUCGACGGACGAGGCAGGACGUGUGGUGAACGAUGGACUUGUGGACUGCUGCUUGCUGAAUAUAUUGGAUUACGCGACUACUGUGGGCUCGGUGGUGGAGCCUCUGGCUGUGUGGAGCGUGUCUGGCCUCCUGUCUUUGGAUAAGGUGUGUGCGGACUACAAGUGCCUACGGACCCAUGCCAGUGCCAGUGUCCAAGAUACGGGCAGCGCCCGUGAUGAACCUACGAUGCCCAUCCUACCAACGAUCAUCGCUCGCGUUGGUGAAGCCACGCGGCUUACCGGCUUUACAGUUCACCGCGUGCCUGUACGGGGCAGUACGAUGGCAAGUACUUGGCGAAUGUAUGCUGAAGGACAUUGCUGGCUGAGAGCAGCCGUGAUGGUGCUGCUGCACUAUUGA